AUGCCUUACUGGACUCAUUUGAUUCGUUUCAUCGCGGUGGAGGAUAGCCUCGUCCACCUCGGCCAACUUGUCGAUACUACUCGCGAUAUCGGUCGCGACAGCGUGGAUGGGGUUGAGAUUGCAGCCUACGUGAUUGAAGGAACGAUUUUUGAUGGCAAGGUCACCAAGGAAAUCUUGCAUGUCAAGCAGGCUCAUAACCUCAAGGAAGCGAACUUGGCUAUCCCCAAGGCCCCGAUCCUUUUCACCAAGCCGCGCACUGCCCUGAUCGGACCGUACCCGGCCGCUAUCAAUGUCCCCAAGUGUGCACAAGAUGAUACCAGUGACUAUGAAGCUGAGCUUUGUGUGGUAAUUGGCAAGAGUGGCCGUGACAUCCCGGAAGAAGAAGCGCUUGAAUAUGUGCUUGGAUAUACGGCGUCGAACGAUGUGUCUGCCAGAACCCUGCAGUUGAUUACUACACAGUGGUCGUUCUCCAAGGGCCUUGACGGGAGUUGCCCAAUCGGGCCCGUUCUGAUAGCUUCGUCCGUGAUUAAUGACCCCCAGGCACUGUCCAUUCAGGCAAUUCAUAACGGCGCUACGGUCCAGGAUGGCCACACCAAGGAUAUGAUAUUUUCCAUCAAGAAGCAAAUUUCAUAUCUUUCUCAAGGUACGACAUUGGAAGCUGGAACUCUCUUUUUGACGGGAACACCCGCUGGCAUCGGUCACUACCGCGAGCCGAGAGUGGUGCUGAAAGACGGGGACGAAAUUUCCAUCCAGAUUGACCAGAUCGGAACUCUCGUCAACAAAGUUCGUUACGAUACUCGCUAG